UUGAGGUGAGAGGCAGCAAACCCAGAAAAACCCAUUUUCAUUUCCUCUCCAAAAUUAUGCAGCCAAAAUUGACCCUAUUGCUCCACCACUAACCAAGCAGCAGGCGGUCGUCGGAGCUUAAAAAGGGUGAGGAGUAAUCCCAUCGCGUUCUCUUUCUUCUUCUCCACUCAAACAAAAUUUCUCUCACUACACACCAUAAAAACAGAAGAAAAUUCCUCUCUGCACGUAUUUGCGCACGCUUUCGCCAUCUCCACUCAAGGAGAUAGUGCCAAGGACAAACGACGGUGAGAAGGAAUGAGAGAUUUGCUUCAAAUUGGAGAUAAACGAGAGAGAUGGAUGUGGGUUAGCUGGAGCUUGAGGGUUGAUGAGUCAUUUUGUGUCCAAAUCUGGAAGCACUGUUCCAGCUCGAUUCAAAUACCACCAAAUUUUCAAGAUUCAUAUCUGCCCCAAAUCUGAUCAACAGUGCGGGCUUUCCCAUAUCUAGCGGGCUGUGCAGUAAUAAAACCAUGAAGGUGAACAUCUGAUUUAGCCAAGAAUUGAGCUCAUUUCUGGGCAUUUCUGAAAAGGUGAACGGGUCCUAAGAGUAUCCACUAUGGGAUAGCCGCAACUAUAGCCCCCGCCGGAGCGAUCUCAAGGCUAUUAUAGUGGGGGCGACUUCCGCCCCGAGGCGGAUGAAAAAUUUGGGGCAGACGAAAAAUUUGCGGCGUCUUCGGGGCGAGGACGCGCCGGUCCAGGGCGGACGCGGCGAUUAGGCGGGGCUAUCCAUAGUGGGGCGCCGGUCGGCGCGCCGACCGCACCCUUGAAUUUUUUUAUUUAUUUAUAAUUUUCGACAUUUUUUGAGAGAGGAAGGGAGAAGGAAGAAGGGAGAAGGAAUUUUUUUUAAUACACGUUUUUUUAUAAUUGCUUAUAAAAUUUCGGUGUUAUAAUUGCUUAUAAUUGGUUAUUAAAUUAAUUGCUUAUAAUUGGUUAUUAAAUUUCGGUGUUAUAAUUGCUUAUAAUUGGUUAUUAAAUUUCAUGGCUAUUGGAAGUGUCCGCCUGUAACGGCGGACACCUAUUUUUUUAGGCGCGGACAAAAAAAACUGGGGCGGUUGACAAAAAAGGGGCGGGGCUAUUGGGGACGUUCGACAUAUAGCGGAUACCCUAAGGGUUUAAAGCUCGCGGGUUUUACAUUCCCGCCGACACCUCCUCCUCCUCCUCUCUCUCUCAAACUUCGUCAACCUUUGAUCUCAGUUUGCAGAUUUCAUCAGAAACGAUAUCUUCGGCACGCACUUUUACGUGCUAAAAAUUGAAGUUGUUCGAUGCUGGUUUCUUCAAUCAGGUCAGCAUCUCGCCUGAAUCGCUUUACAUCUCUCCAAUUUAUUCGAUUACAAUCAGUUCCGUCGCUCGCUCAUUUCACUCCUUAUUUCUCGGAUUCGGGUUCCGAGGACCCGAACUCCACUUCGAGAAAUGAUGUUACUGCAACAAAUUGCAGCGACAAUGAUAAUUAUUUGGAAUUGAGUCCAUGUAAAGUCGUUCAGAUUCUGCAAAAUAUGAAAUUGGAACCCAUUUCUGCACUAUCCUUUUUUAACAAUCUCAAGGAGAAGGGAUUUCGGCAUGAUACCAGAAGUUACUUGGCUAUGAUUAAGGUACUCUGCUAUUGGCGCAUGGACCGAAAACUGGAUUGUUUAUUUACAGAUAUUAUAAACUUGAAAGGGGAGGAUUUGUGUUUUGAGGUAUCUGAGUUGUUGGAUGCAAUGGCUGAGGAGCUCAAGUCUGAUGGGCCUAGCUCCCUGCUUCGGGCUUUUGACACCCUCAUCAAGAGUUAUGCUAGUUUAGAUAUGUUUGAUGAGGCGAUUGACACUCUCUUUGCAACUAGAAGGCACGGUGUUGGGCCGUGUUUGUUGUCAUGCAACUUUUUGAUGAAUAGGUUAGUUGUGCAUGGAAAAGUGGAAACAGCUGUUGCUAUCUAUAGACAGCUGAAAAAUAUUGAUGUGGAGCCCAAUAUAUAUACUUAUGGGAUUGCAGUUAAGGCAUAUUGUCGAAUGGGAAGUUUGGAAGAAGCUGCAGAGGUCUUUCGGGAGAUGGAGGAGGCUGGGGUGGUGCCUGAUUGUUUUACUUAUACAGCUUAUCUGGAAGGACUCUGCUGGCAAGGUCUGUCAGAUUUAGCAUAUGAGUUUUUACGAGCUUUGGAUGCCAAAGCUGUCCCUGUGGAUGCUUAUGCUUAUGCUACUGUCAUUAAAGGGUUUGUUAGUGAGAAGAAGCUGAAAGAUGCAGAAAUGCUAUUACAUGACAUGGAAGAACACAGGGUAGUCCCAAAUGAAUUUUGCUAUCACACUUUAAUUCAGGGAUAUUGUGAUUCUGGGGAUAUAGUUAGAGCUUUGGCCAUCCACGACGAGAUGGUGUUUAAUGGUAUCAGAACCAAUUGUUCGAUUCUCUCUUCAAUUCUUCAGUGCUUGAAACUGAAAGGCAUGUACUCUGAAGCAAUAAACCAGUUCGUUAACUAUAAAAAGCUGGGCAUCUAUCUGGAUGAAGUCACACAUAAUGUUGCUAUUGAUGCUUUGUGCAAAUUGGGCAUGUUAGAUGAUGCAAAAAGAUUGUUUGAUGAGAUGAAGAAUAAGAAACUCAUACCAGAUAUUGUGCAUUAUACGACCUUGAUAAAUGGUCACUGUCUGGAAGGAAAUAUUUUUGAUGCUGAGCAUUUAUUUGAGGAAAUGAAGACAAGUGGCCUGAGAGCUGAUAUUAUUACGUAUAAUGUCCUCGCUGGUGGAUUGUCUCGGAAUGGACUUCUGGAUAAGGUGUUUUCCCUGCUGGAUACGAUGAAAGAGCAAGGCUUGACCCCCAGUAGUGUUACGCACAACAUGAUCAUUGAAGGCCUUUGCAUCACAAAGAGAGUGGAAGAAGCUGAAACAUAUUUCAUUAAUCUGGGAGAAAAGAGCAUAGAAAAUUAUUCUUGCAUGGUGAAUUGUUACUGUAAAUCAGGCAAUGCGAUCAAGGGCUUUAAACUUUUCUGCCGAUUGUUUAGCCAAGGAGUACUUAUAAGUAGGAAUUCAUGUGCAAAACUUAUUGAAAGCCUCUGUUCGGUAGGGGAAAAUAAAGAGGCCAUUAAAGUUCUUGAGAUUAUACUUUCUACCGACAAUGGCCCUAAUAGGACAAUGUACAUCAAGCUUAUCGCAGCUCUCUGCAGUGCUGGAAACAUGAAAAAGGCCCAAUGGGCAUUCGACCAAAUGGUCGGGAGAGGAUUAACUCCUGAUGUGGUGAUCUACACCAUUAUGAUGAAUGGAUAUUGCCAAAGGAAACUCCUGCAGGAAGCCUAUGCUCUUUUUGGUGAUAUGAAAAAAAGGCACAUUAGUCCUGACAUUAUAACUCAUACGGUAUUUAUUGAUGGGAAAUGUAAAAGAACCUUGAAAAUGGCUCGAUCUAAAAAAGAUUUAGAAGGAAACAAGACAGUAAAACAGAUAGCUUCAAAUUUUUUGCUUGAAAUGAAGGACAAGAAAUUAAAGCCUGAUGUCAUUUGCUACACAGCACUGAUUGACAGUCAGUGCAAGUCAGGGAACCUUCAAGAAGCUGUUUCUCUUUUCAAUGAGUUGAUUGAACAAGGUUUACUACCUGACAAUGUGGCAUACACAGCCCUUAUUUCUGGCUACUGCAAGCAAGGAAAUGUGGACAAGGCUUUUACUCUUAUGGAUGAGAUGAAAUCCAACGGAAUACAACCAGAUGACCGCACUAUGGUACCAUUGGUUCAAGUAAUCAAAGAUUCAUGAUAGCAAAGAGAGUGCCGAUUCACCAUUAAAAUUUCACAAAUACCCCUUGGAUGGGUAUGUCUUACUGUAGCGUGAGAAAUUCAAUUCACGUGUGUGUUGUAGAGAGGAUCAGUUCUUGAGUUCAGUGAACGAUUCAAAAAUAUCAUAGUUGAUAAGCAAAAGCUUCAGAGACGAUUAUCCUGUCAACAAAAGUAAGCAUGAGCUGGAAGCAUGAACUACAUGACUAGCUAUGCUGCAACUUCUUGCACUGGCAUCAGAGGAACAAUUGGUACUCUGGAAUAACUCAAGUUUUGAAAGCACCCUUUCAGGGCAUCUAGCUAUAUUGAUUUCGUCGGAAGAUUCUUGCCUCACACUCUCAGUUUUCUCCUUGGAUUAACAAAACUUUCAUUGGGAAAGGCAUUGAAGGAACAGAUUAAUGAUCUAGAAUUUGAGAAAAUAAAUAGAUCUGAGACAAGUAUGCGUUGAAAGUCGUUGUAAGGUUCAUUAUUCUACUAGAUUUUGCCGUCGCUCACCGCCGUGCAGCCCAAAUCAGGAUUACCGUGAUCACACUUCGGUUCCAAUUGAAUUGGUCGAUUCAGUGGAGUUUGAGCAUCUUGGCGAGGGGAAUGAUAGGAUUGAAGUUAAUGGUGAAAACAAGGAUCGAGACCGGGUUGAUGAGAAAGUGUCAUUGGUUUUGGCAGAAGAUGAGCGUUGUGAUGAACGGAAAAAAGGAUACAUUCCACGGACUCUAUAUUUGAGACAGAAGCAAAGGAAGCCUUAGUUCAUGAUGUGGCUACUUAUUUAGUUGCACGUAUGAAGCAAUUGUCGAAUGAUGCUGCAAUUGCUCCAACGCAAUGACCGGGAACGUUUGAUCCAGGAGGGGAUACAUAAAAGCUUUUGUUGUCUUCGACUCUCUUCGUUGCUUCGUGGUACCCACCUUGAGGACAAGGUGGAUUUCAACCGUGGGGGAGUUGAUACGUUCAUUAUUCAAUAUAUCUUUCAUAUCUUGCAUUAUUAUUUAGUUGCAUUAUUUAGUUAGACAUUUAAAGAGUGCAUAUC